AUGCGUAAAACUGCAUUCUUAGUAUUCUGUGGGAGGAUCAACAUAGAUCCCUCUGAUAUACAUCCCGACUCGAAAGACUAUCAGUUUUUUGCGCGGGAGCACGAUGCCGAUCAAAUUGCGGCAAAGUUGGUGGAGGCGUGGAAACAACAGCCACCUGCGUAUCCUCCCCCGGCAUUCUUGUCGAAUGCACUGGAGGGCGAGCGUGCCAUGGAGUGGCGCGACGACCCCGGUGUUGGGCGGUCUCUUGCUGUUCCCGCACGCAACCAUCGCCAUAUCCGACUCGGCUCGUCGCAAUCCUUCUCGAUGUACAAGCUCAAGUCCCCACAGAAGCAGCGUAAGCAGCCCAAGGAGAAGAAGGCCGUGCCAGAUGUUCAGCCUGGACGAGGAGCUCUAUUCCUGGGUGCACUUUUCAAGCGCCUCGAUCGAAGUAGAGAGCUUUCCCCCCAUCCGGGCAUAAACGAGGAACCGUACUUGCAGAUGACAUCGCUCCCCACUGGCUCAAAUUUAGAAGCAAGCUCCUCACAGGAUGCUAUAUUGCUGGAUAUUAUAGCUACCGAAAAAGAGGUUUCAACAGCUGUAGCCAAUGUCAAGGACGUCGAGCAAUUCCAUCUGACCACGAAGGUCGCGACGGCCAUGGACCAUGCAGAAUCGAUGCUUAAUACAAUUGAUCCUCUUGUUGCACCACUCGGAGCACUCAAUGUGUUCAAUUUGGUGGUGGAUGCCAUUGCACAGGUUCACCCAUAUGCUCAGAUCGCGCUCAGUAUCUUCAAGUGUGCAUCUCAAAUGAUUCUCGAUCAGAUUUACCUCGACACUGCUGUUCGCGAGUUGCUAUCGAAGGUGUCACAAGUAUAUGCGUUCAUCGCGGAAAGAGAAGACUUGACACUUGUUCCUACCAUGCAAGCGGUAUUGGAAAAGUCAUCUCAUCAAGUGUUGGACUGUGCCGACUUCAUCGCACACUACUCGGAGACGAAGAGUUUUUGGAUACGCGCGGGGGGAAUUGUGCUGGGAGAUACGAAUGAUGCAGUCCAAGGUUACUGUGGAGCUAUUGACAGUCUCAUGCAGCAGUUUCGAGAUGCUGUCUUCCGCGAUGUUGCUAUCUUCACGUGCAGAGCUGCUGAGGAUUCGAGUCUCGGUGGCCUGGAGUACGCAAGAGGGGUCGGGCGAAAUACCUUGAAGUAG